CGAGUAAUCGAAAAAUUGUCAACAAAUUUUGCGGCUAUUGUUGAUUGCUGUGAACAGUUCUUACUCAGGUCUGAAUCGAUAGAGCUACUGAAAGGUCCAAUCAACAGCUAUACGCCAAUUCAGAUCGUCUGAUUCCAAAACAACAUUUAAUUUAGAAGUAAAUUAGAAGCAGCUCGAAAUUGAUUGGAUCGCGUGAAGAUGCUAUCGUUUACCCUGCUGCUGAGCAUAUUUAUCUGGAACGGUCGUGUUGUUGUAUCGUAUCGAAUUGGAAACUUUAGUCAGGUCAAUGACAAUCGCAGCGGUGGUUAUCCCAAAUUUCCACAAUCAUUUCUAGCAAACAACAACGGUGAUAAUAAGUUGUUUCAGUCAUUUUACUCGUCACAAAAGUACAAUAACUUCCACACGAAUGCAAAUACGUGCGGCACACGCACCGUUCAAUUCAAUCCAAAGCGAUCCGCUAAAAUUAUUGGUGGUUCUGAUGUUCCAUAUGGUUCGUUCCCAUGGCAGGUCGAAAUACAAAUUUUCCAAUAUGAAAAGGGCAUUUUUGAACAUCAUUGUGGUGCAGCCGUUAUUGGUGAACGAAUCGUGAUGACAGCUGCCCAUUGCACGGAGUUGUCACAACAGCCGUAUUUGCAUUUGGUAAUUGGUAAUCAUGAUUUGAAGAAAUUUGACAUGUACGAAAGACGUUUUCGCAUCGAAACGAUUGUAAUGCAUCCCGAAUUUCGGCGUAAAGGUCCCUACAGCAAUGAUAUUUCGAUCAUAAAGGUGGCAUCAAACAAUGAUGCUGGCAUCAGUUUCAAUUCACACGUCAAACCCAUUUGUCUUCCAAAGCAGAACGAUGUCAAUCUACGGCCGGGUAAUUGGUGCUCAGUAUCGGGUUGGGGUGCUCAAAUACCCGAAGAUCAUAAGAGCUUGGCGCCCGUUCUUCGGGCCGCAGCGGUGCCAUUGCUUGAUUUGGAAACGUGCCGAAUGUCAGAUGUGAAUGGCGGUCGAUCGCAAACCAUAUUGGACACCAUGAUUUGUGCCGGUUUGUUGCAAGGCGGUGUGGAUGCGUGCAACGGUGACAGCGGUGGUCCAUUGGCAUGCGAAUACAACAACAAGUACUAUCUCACGGGCAUUGUGUCGUGGGGAUCUGGCUGUGCCAAAAAGAACAAACCCGGCGUGUACACUCGUGUUAGCGCUUACGUCAAUUGGAUUGAAGAGACAAUGAACCAAUUGAACGCCUAA